UAUUUCCGAAUAGAAAACAAAAAGUCGAUUAACUCGGCGCGAGAGAUAAAUUUAUCCUCCUCGCCGUUUCGUCAUCGCAUUCUAUAUUAAGCAUUUCGAAAUAUUUUUUCUGAAACAUGACCGACUAUUCGAGAUCACGUUCCAUUUAUAGCAGACAUUUAAAAUAACGUAUCGUGAUGAUUGGAACGAUGCGCAAAAAUGUGUGUGCACAAAUCGAGCUCGUUCACUUGGAUAGGUCCCGAAUAGAUGUCACUGGUUCGUUCGCAUACGAUCUAACCCGACAAGUAUCUAAUUUCCACACGGUCUGAGAUAGCGACUGGAGGCGGCGAAGAAAACUGCGCAGGAAGACGCGUCUCGAGAAAAAGGGAGGGAACGCUUCGAAUAUGGAGCUGUGGUGCAAUUUCCCGUUUCCGCCGACCCUGUGCCGAGUUAUCUACCUGUCGGCGCAUCAACCAAAUCUCAUAUGCGUCGUACGGAAUUCUCGUACCGCCUUGACGCUGGAAAGGAAAACAAAAAAAAAAAAAAAAGAAAAGAAAGAACAAGUUUUAUCGAUCCGCUCGAUUAUCGAUUUUCCUUAUCCAACGCGAGUGUCCUUCUCCGUUGAAUUCUUCAAAACACUUUUCACGCGUCAUCAGACAUUUUUCACACCGCGAGACGAGCUAGAAAUUACGCGAUAUCCAAGAGAUUUUCAAACGAUCGGAUGGAUGGAAUCGACAAAGCAUCGAGGGAAUAAACGGCGUGAUAAGAGAGAAGCGAAAUCCUGGAGGAAUAAAUCGAGGGUAGAAAAGAUGAAGGGAGAAGUUGAGUCUAGCUGCGUAGAAAAACGUGUUUCGAUAAGUAGACGAUCGGGAAAGAUCGGUUCGAGGGAAAGAAGAGGGGCUGGCUCGCUGAAAGCCGAUUUCCCGUUUCCAUCGAUCCCGAUUCGUCGCGACGCCUGCGAAUCGGCGUUCAGCCUUUUCCGUUGAAUUAUGUUGAUAGCAUUCAUUCUCGAACGAUGAUCGCCUCGGCUGGAACCUCGGCUCGAGCGGAGAAGAGGCAAGUUUCCAUCGAGCAGGCAUUUCAGACAGAGGCGAUAAAAACGGAACGAGGUGGCCGAGGAAUAGAUACGAGAUCGAGAUAUAAACUAUAUAAACUAGGAGCAGAUAACAAACGAAUCCCCUUCGUGGCCCUUCACGGAUCUAGGGAUUUUUUUUCCUUCUUCGUUGCAUGCGCAAUUCUUUCUCUCGAGCGAAUCUAUACCAAGGAGAGCAUCGAACGAGAAAUACCCGUUCAACACGAUAUAUUUUUUUCUCUCUCGGAAUUUUAAAGGUCUAAGACGUUUUUUUUUUCGUUUCAGAAUUUUUUCAAAGUUCCAAAGAUCGGUUGUUUCGAAGAAGGAGAAAUAUUCGCGAAAUCAGCGGAUACAUUUCGAUGUAUAUUUGUUUCGGAAUUUCUUUUUAUUCUCAGAAUUUUAGAAUAAGCAAUUCAUUCGAGAUAUAUUAAUUUUUUUUUUUUUUUUGAUUCGUUAUUCCGUUCUCGUUCGAAAUUAUUCCUUCCUAGAUUCACCUCCUAGAUUCGUUCUCUUUGCCUCGACUUAUAGAUACGGCAAAGUUAAAAUAAGGAUGAACGGGUCAACUGUCAAUGUAUCCGGCUACAUUGUUGUAAUACUGAUACGCGCAACAAUUUAGAAACCAAAUUGCUAUUUUCUACGAUUUCGCCAUUCCUUUUCCUCCUCUCGUCUCGCAUUUAUAUUAUUUUCUCUUUGAGAGAGAGAGAGAAAGAGAAAGGUAAAAAAUUUAGAGAUUGGGCGCGUUAUUGAUAUCGAUAACGCUUUCUCGAUCGAGUUAUUAUGGUUAUUCAAACCCAUCUGAAAUGCGAGAAAGAUUGCGAGACUGUAUCGAUCAAACGAAGCCUAGGCAACGAGUGCUGUCAAUGCGAGUUUCUUGUAUUUUUGAGGAGUCAUGUUAAAAUAAUCGCUUUCGCAAAUUUCUCACACGCCUACGGAAGAUUUAGCUUCUAUAUACAGUAGUGUUAGAUAUAAAGGAACGUGGUAAAAUGCAAGAAGAGUGCGACUUUCAAUCCUCUUUGAUGGAGAAAAAACUCUCGGCCGAAACCAGGCUCGACACUGCAGCAAGUAGUAUCACUUUAUCGGAAACAGAGAUUAAAAAAUCGAUACCGAAAGAUUCGUCCGUGGAUUUCGAUGUCCUUUCCGCCUCGUCGUUGGACGUUCUCACGAAGAUGGGCGUAGAAUUGCAAAAGAACGAGAGCACGUCGGAGGAGCAGGCGUUGGCGACCGCGUCCACCCCGGAGCCCAUACCAGAAGUCGACAACGACGACGACUCUAACUGGCUCUCGUAUUUCGACUGUAACGCUAUAUUCGACGUGACCUAUGAGAAUCAAUCUUACUACAACUCGACCAAGGCCGAGAAGGACAGCGACAGCGAUUUGGACGACACUUUGACCUUCGACGACGCCGAGGAAGGCGAGGCCCUGGUCCUCGACGAGAACGACACGUACCCGAAUUCUUAUCAACAGUCGUUCGAGGAGAGCUGCGAGAAGAAGCUGGACAACAACAAUUUUGUCGUCUCUGAUAAAGUUUCUAUACUCGAGAUAAAUCAAGAUUCGCGCAACGUGGCCGAGAAUAUUAAUUCGGACGCGAACGAAGGGGCGAAGGAGGACGAGGAGGAGAAUCGAAACGGGGAUAAUCUCGAGGCCGAUUCGAGCGAUCGGAUCAACGACAACGUGAACGAGGACGAAACUUCCGCGAGGAUCGAGUCGGUGAUAAUCGAGAAGAUCCAAGACGUUUCGAGUCGAAAGGAGGACGAGACGGUUGACGAGGACGUGGGCAAGGAGACGAUAAUAGAGUUGAAGACGGAGAGCAGAAUGGACGAUUUCUCGAGCGAUUCCGAGGACGAAUACGAGGGGAACCUGAUUUACUCCUCGCCAAAUGUGAACAUAUCCGCGUACUUUAAAUACAGGGACAGUAUGAAGGAGCCCAAGUACGAGGCGACUAUAGACCAAUUGAACGCCAUGUACUCGAAGGAAUCGAGCAAAUCUGUCAUCUUGGAGGAAAUCGUCGAGGAGCCGGCCGUCGAGGAGGCGGGAAAAGAUCCGGCGGCGAACGAAACGAAGGAGGAGGAGGGGGAGGAGGCGAGUUUCACGGGAGAGAACGUGACGUUGAUCCCUCCGGAUCAAAGGAAAGGGUCCAAGUUCGUGGAAUUGAAUUCUCCCGAGGAGUAUUUGGAGAAACUGGCGGAGAUCACGGAAUCGGACUGUCCGAGAAGCGAGGAGGAAGCUCACGAGAAGUUGAAGAGGAUCGCCGAGGGGAAGGCGGAGAUAGAGAACAGGAAGAACGAGGCUCUGGAGGAUCUGUCGGUGGAGUUCGAUAAGAUCGAGAAACUCGUCGCGGAAACCAAGUCCGCGAACGAAGAGUACGAGAGCGGGUCGGACGAAAGUUCGGACGAGGCGAAGGAGGAUAUCGAUAUAGGGAAGGACAUAGAGCUGCCUUUGACCAAGGAUCAAGUAGCGGAGAGCUUUAAAUUCAAAACCAUUCAAAAGAGCGUGGUCGAGGAGGAGAAGCGUCGCGCGGAAUUGUUGCAAGAAUGUCUCCAAGUGAUUCCAAAAAUACCAGAAACGGAAGAAUCCGUGGACGAGGAUCUGGUUGCGAUCGAUGGGGUCGAGCGAGAUACCCAAGAUACGAUCGCGAAGGAGAAGGUGGAGGGUGACGACGGUACCCGCAUGUCGGAGGAGGCCUCGAAAGAGGGGGAGGAGGAGGAGGAGGAGGAAGAGGAGCAGGAGAAGAAGGAGGAGGAGGAGGAGGAGGAAGGCGAGCGCGCGAAGACGAUCGUCGACGAGACCUCGUCGACAGAAACAAAGUCAACCGUCCAAGGCAUCGUCCAGGACAUUAUCGACGAAACCGAGGAUUCGCUGUUCUGGCGAUUCAAGAAGGAACCGGAGAGGACUUACAUCAAGGGGAAGGUGUACGAUUUCGACGAGAAGAAACACGGCGCCAGAAUGACCGAGGAGUUUUUGAAGAAGCACUGCAAGCAGCACAAACUUUAUCAAACACCGCAUCUGAACGACGUACUUUAUCUUCAUUACAAAGGUUUCUCUUUCAUCGAGAACCUCGAGAAGUAUACAGGCUUGAAGUGUUUGUGGCUGGAGAACAACGGGAUCAGGGAGAUCGCGAAUCUGGAGAAUCAGAGCGAGCUCAAGUGCUUGUUCCUUCACAAUAAUUUGAUCAGCAAGAUCGAGAAUCUCGAGUACCUGACCAAGCUCGACACUCUGAACCUCUCUUACAACACUAUACGAAGGAUUGAGAAUCUCGAUAGCCUCAAGUUCCUGAAUACUCUAAACCUGUCGCACAACUACUUGCAAAGUACCGGUGACAUUGAGCAUCUCCGAUUGCUGGACAGCCUCUCGGUACUGGAUAUUUCUCACAACAGGAUAGACACCGACGAAGUCGUUAAUAUAUUGGGAGACAUGAAAGAGUUGCGCGUCGUGUCCCUGAUGGGGAAUCCGAUCCUGAAGGCGAUCAAACUGUAUCGCAAGACUAUGAUCCUCAAGUGUAAGAAUCUCAAGUAUCUAGACGAUAGACCGGUAUUUCCAAGAGACCGUGCCUGCGCCGAGGCUUGGAUGCGAGGGGGGCCCGAGGAAGAGGCGGCCGAGAGGAAACGGUGGAUCGAGGCGGAGCAGAAGAAAAUCAAUGAUAGCGUGCUCGCCCUGAUAAACAAAAGGAAGCAGUGCAAACCGGUCGAGACGUCCGAAAAGGAGGCGGAGGAUAAGAAAAGGACGAAGGAGGACGAAGAAGUAGCCACGACCACGGUUGUCUGCACGAGCGACGAACUGCUCAAUCUGGAGAAGAAGAAAAAGUUGGAGGUGUCCUCAUCCUCCGACAGCUCCUCCGCGUCCUCGUCGUCGAGCGAAGAGGAGGAUGACGGACCGAUGCAAAAAUCGAGGAUCGAGAAAAGUGACGGAAGGAGGGCGAUGGCGGAGGAAGGGGGGCAAGCUUCUUCGCUCGAUCGAGGCCACGAAAUUUUGUUACCCUGGAAAACUCAGGUCCCCGCUCGUAGGAGCGUUAAAAAGUUGGUGGAGGUGAUAGAGGAGGAUGCGAAGGAAUUCGUGGCUGGCGAGAUACGAGAGAGGACGACGAUGGGGAAGGGAAUUUUGGAAGAACGAAAUGCGAUCGAUGAUCCAUCGACGGUCGAUCGCGAGAUAUUUGUAGGGACGAGCGAGAAGGAGAUCGUUCCAUCCUGCUCCGAAGAGCAAGGAAAGUUUAAAAGUGUCUCGGUUUCUUGUAAUAUUUUGCACACGAAGAGCGAUGAAAGGAAGGAAGAUAAAAGCAACGAAUGUCCGUCCAAAGAUAUCCUCGACAAUUAUCGAAGAAAGGACGAACCACAUCCUUUGAGCGGCCAGUUGAGCAGUAUCAGGGAGGACAUGAAGGAGUUUUGCGUUGAAAUGGACAAAUUCGUGGAGAAGAACAAGUUUGUGUUCAAAGAUAGCGAUAAAGCGAAAAAGGGGGAGUCAUCGGUGGGCGAGGAGAAAGAUUCGUUCAAAUGGUGGGACACGAAGGAGAGGAAGUUGAAGGUGAAAGAGAUCUUGAGGCAGAGAGAGGAAGCGGAGAGAUCGAAAAAUGUCAAGAGGGUCGAAAUUGUGGAGGUCGAUAAAGAAGAGAAAAAAGAAGGAGGAGGAGAGGAAAGAGAAGAAGCUUCGAAGAAUGUUAAAGAAGUGGUUAAAGACGAGAAGGACGUCUCACCUUGCCAAGGUGUGUACGAUCUAUUGAAUCUGAAGAAGUGUCCUCAAAUUUUGUUGAAGGAUGUGAAAGCUCAUGUUAAAACCGAUGAGGACGACGCCAUGCUAAAAUGCGAAUCUGUUAAAAGCGAUAAUAGCAAGGAUCGCCUCUCGGGAUUGUACAAUUCUUUGUUCAACGAGAUGAAUUAUAGAAGCGGGAUCGACAAAAAUCGAUCCAGGAAAUCGCUCAGUUCCCAAGAAUUGUUGACAUUGGAGAAAAUAGACGAAACCGCCGAGGAAACAACACGAUCCGCGAGUUGUAUCGACAUAAUUUCUUCGGAUAUCGAUAAUUCAGAGAUAAUCAGCGUUAAGAGCGAGCCUGUUGAUGUAAAAAUCAUGGAACCAAGCACCGCCAACGUCACAUCCAUAAAUUCCACCGACGACGAGAUAUCGGACAGCGAGUCUGUUAAAACAAUAAUCAACAAUUACGAUAAACCAAGAGAAAUCGACGAACAGGUAAAGGCGAAUACGAAUCAGGAUGUAUCAGGAGAGUCAGGAGGAGAUAAGGCUGAUAAUGUAAAAAUUAUCGAAGCGCAGGGUGAUAACGACGAGAUCCAAUCGGCAGAGACCGCGUCCGAAAGGGAAUCCGCGAAGUCCUCUUCCUCGAACGUUGAAAAAUCGACGAUAUCUUCUAAAUCGCACAAAAGAUCGCGCGAUUGCGAAUGCCAAGACGUGGCCAGUAAAAAGUUCCAUUUGAUCGAGGAGAUGGACGCCGAGCAAAAUACAACAAGCAGCGAAAAGAUGGUGGAUGGAAUAUCCGAAAAAUGUAAACGACAUUUCAUAAAAGAGGCGAGGGAGUUCAUGAAGAAGGAAUCGCCUCUGAUAGAUCGGUGCAUAGAUGAUUUAAUAAGUAAAAAAUCGAAGGGGAAUUGGGAUUUGAAGAAUAAUCAAGAGGACUUUUUAACUUGUACAGCUUUGAACAUCACCUCUGACAUAUUUAAAACUUCGGAGAAUUCGGAUAAGAGAAUCGGGUCAACGUCAAACGAGCAACAUCGAGCGAUGGAGGGGAAAAAAUUUUUCAACGUUCAAAAUUCUCAAGAUAAUCGAGAAGUUGAGGAAUCGGACUCAUCCAUCGAUAAACAAGUUGAUAUAAAAUCGGUUGAUCAUCUUUUGAAGCAAUCUUCAAUUGCCCAAAAGCAGUCAAAAAUGUGCACGGAUCUGUACAAACAAUUCUGCAAACAUCUGGAAGAGAUAGACAGCAAAAGAAAGCUUUUGAUCGAGCCGGACUUCAUGAAAAAAAAUAAAUCGGAUCACGAGGAAAAGAAACGUGACGUUCUAUCGCCAAGGGAGACCAAACAGUCGAAAGAGGAACAAACAAAAUCAUUGAUCGAAGUAAUUUCGGAGGACGCGACCACGAACGUGGAGGAACUCGAAGUUGAGAAGCUAUUUCUCGAUUCUGAUCCUGUGAUGGAUGCAGAAUUGAAAGAUAAAAUAUUAAAAACAAUUAAUGCCCCGAAAAGCGAGGAAGAAAGAUUAAAGGGGAAGAAAUCGGCCGAUAAAUUGAUGAAGAUUUCCAGGGAAGCUAUGGCCAAAGGGAAAUCGUUGCUCGAUCCAUCUUUCCCUACCUGCGGUCAGAAAAACUAUUUCAAGGAUAGUAGGAGAUUUUUCAUGAAUUUGUUAGAGGAUGAUUUUUCUUCGGAAAAAGACGAGGAUCCAACGAAGAAUAUCGAUGAAGAAUAUGAAUCAGAAUCGAUCAUAUUCAGAGAGAAUUCUGUUGCAUUGAUAGAAGAAAUGGAGAAAUUAUCGUCGAUCGAAGAUAACGGUAUACAGGGUAAUAAAGUUGUUGAUAUUGAAAAAGAAAAUGUUACGAUUAUUUCAGAGAACUCUGUGAUAAAAAUAGAAGAAAUCGAGAAAUUAUCACCGACCGAAGGUAACAGUAUUCAAGAUGGUAAAAUUCUCGAUAUGGAAAAAGAAAACGUGAACAGAGUGAGGAAAAGUUUGGAGAUGCAGAUUGUUCAAGGAAACUGAGGGAGGGGAAGCUGGAGGAAAAAAAUUUUGACAAAAUAUUAGCAUUUAAAAAUCUAAAGAUAAUUCUAAAAAAAAAAAAACUUCGUAAUAUCGUGAAAAAAAAUCCUAGUUGUAUAAGUUAAGUUGUAUCACUGUAUUUUCUUUCGUUUGUAUUCUCAAAUAAACGAAUUAAGUUUCCAUUUA